AGCAAAAUGCUUGUGUUUCUAGCUCCAACAAUGUAGUAACUCUCUCUCCUUCGCUCUCCCCAACAUCCCCUAGAUGCUCCUCGUUCCACCGUGAUUGAGGUGAGUCCCAUGGGUGUGGUAGUGGAGGGGGUCUCUGUGACUAUGACCUGCAACAGCAGUGGGGCUCCGGUGGUGGAGAGCUAUGCCUGGUUUAAGGACAGGGAGAGUGGCAGCAUUCCAGACAGCUUCAGACCCCAGCUCCACCUGAAGAGGGUGUCCCACACCGACCGGGGAGAGUACUUCUGUGUGGCACGCAACCCACUUGGUACAGAGAGGUCCAAACCUGUCCUGCUAAACGUCACAUACUCUCCAAAGAGCACCAAGGUGUUGGUUAGUCCAACAGGAGACAUCAAGGAAGGCUACUCUGUCAACCUGACCUGCAGCAGCAAGGCCCACCCCCCAGUGGACCGCUAUGCCUGGUUCAAGAUCAUGGGGGGUCAGACCUGGGCCAAAGGGUCAACACAGAACAUCUCCUUCUCCAGCGUCCGAUCACAGAACGGAGGACAGUACUACUGCACGGCCUGGAACCAACAUGGACAGGGCAGCUCCUCUGUUUUCACCCUCGCCAUUCUCUAUGCCCCUAAGAACACGUCUGUGUUUGCGCAGCCCUCCAGUGUGAUCGACGCGGGCCGUCCUCUGACUCUGACCUGCAGCAGUCAGGCCAACCCGGCGGUGGACAACUACACGUGGUUCAGGAUCAAUGCGGCUGACGCCUGGGUAACGCGAUCGGGCCCAAGCUACACCUUCGCUGAGGUCAGCCCCGGGGAGAGCGGCCAGUACUACUGCGAGGCACGCAACCGUAUCGGCGUCCACAGCUCGCCUGUCCUCACUGUCAGGGUCAGAGUCUUCCCACUCACUAUCCCAGAGUCUUUCUGA